AUGGACGCCGAUGAGAAGUUGGCAGCAUUAAAGAAGGCUUAUGCUGAUGUACUAUUCAACAUGUCUAAGGAUGCUGCAAUGAGGGUUAUGUCGUCGGAUAAAAGGGCGGCACAGUAUCAGUAUGAGUUGAAGGUGGCGAAAGAGGAGGCUUUGAGAAUGCUGAUGCGCCUUAAGCAAAUGAUGGAGUUUAAGACAAGUCAAGCUGAAGCUGCAUCUUUUAAUCAGCAAAAGAAAAUUGAAGUGCUCGAAGCUCAACUUGAGGAAGCUGAAGAUAUUGUAAAUGAUCUCAGAAAUGAAUUAGGACUGGCACAAGCUGAACUCGAACGAGUAAGGGAAGACAAUUUGCAGAAUUCGAAUAAACCAACCAUUGCAUUUUCAGGAGGAACGGAGGACGGUAUGUACUCAUAUGACUUCGGUACAUCCUUUCCUCCAAACUCCCAAGAUAAGAAUUCUGAUGUAACAAUGUCGAACCCGAUACUCAGAAAUCCGUGUUGCAAAUGUGGCAGCGUGAUACUUUGCCAAUGUAGUUCUUAUAUUAGGAAUCAAGAUUUACCUUCUGUAACAGUUAGAGUUAAAGACCCUGGUUUGCAUAGAAAUGGUUGCACCCAAAGAAUUCGUGCGUGUGAGAAGAAUCUCUCUGAUGACACGCUGUGCCUCUUGGGGAAAAAUGAUAAAGUACAUGACAAGAAGAAUAGCAGAGAACAGAUGCAAGGGGAGAAGGAAGAAGGUGAAGAUACCAGCAAAGCACCAGCUUCUGCGGAUAAUACUAUGAGUGAACUUGAGAAAAAACUUUUACCAGAUAAUAUAUUCAGAAAUCUGCAAUAUAUUUCGUGUAAAAGGAAAAGAGCUGCCAGGAAAAGGAAAAAUGUGGCGCCCUUGAGAGUGGGAUAUGAUUCUGAUAUAGUCAAAGACAGUGAUUGCCUGAGUGAAAAUCUGUUCGAAACAGCUUCAGUAUUGUCUCAAAUCAAAACUGAAACGGGGUUUUGUUUGGGGUCUGAAAAAAUUUUAGGAAAAGAAAUAAAUAGUGUGGAAAGUACACCACAAAAAGAUGAAGGAUUGAAGGCAAAACCGGUGCAUUUUGAUGAUGGAAAUGGUUCCUCUUCACCUGAUAGUAAAACUGAUUUUGAGAAGGUUGGUGUGUUGUCAAAUGGUUUAGAGUUGAAUUCAGGUUAUAUGAGUCCAGGGCUUACCGAGUUUGUUGGAGAAAGAGUCAUCAAGUACACGUUUCAAAGGAAGCGUAAGAGAGAGGCUUUGGUGGGAUCUAAUGUGAAUGAUGCAAUUGAGACAAAAAAGAAAACAGAAGCUAAACAAAAUGGAGUUCAGAACUUGAAGCAAUCUAAGACUAGCUUGUCAAAGGAGUCAACGCGAGAAAGCAGACGAUUGGCACAAGUUGCUCGUCAGCUUAUUUCUUUGUCCGAGAAGAAGUGGUGGGACUGA